AUGUCCAACACCCUUCGACCGUACUUGAACGCUGUGCGGGCAACCUUGACCGCAGCGUUGACACUGGAAAACUUCUCAUCGCAAGUGGUAGAGCGACAUAACAAGCCAGAAGUCGAGGUUCAAACAUCUCCGGAAGCAUUACUUCACCCUCUUAUCGUAUCUCGUAAUGAAUCAGAAAGAGUGUUGAUUGAACCUUCGGUGAACUCUAUAAGAUUGAGUAUCGCGAUCAAACAAGCGGAUGAGAUUGAGAAGAUAUUGUGUCAUAAAUUCACCAGAUUCAUGAUGAUGAGGGCGGAGGGCUUCGUCAUCUUAAGGAGGAAACCGUUACCUGGCUACGACAUAUCAUUCCUCAUCACAAAUUUCCACUCCGAAUCAAUGCUCAAACACAAACUAGUAGAUUUCAUCAUCCAGUUCAUGGAGGACGUGGAUAAGGAGAUUUCCGAAAUGAAGCUGUCUUUGAAUGCUAGGGCGAGAAUAGUAGCGGAAAGUUAUUUGUCAACAGUGAGUCUCACUUGA